AGCGUGCUGCCCAAAGGGCCGCCAGUGCCAUCCAUCAGCGCUGCCAAUGCCAGGAGGCCAAAGCCGGAGGAGGUUGAAGUGGCCGCAUCACCCCCGCCCAGUGCCAGUCUGGCCCCCGGUGCCACCCAGCCUCUCUCGGCAUCCGCCCCUCGGGCCGGGGGCUCCUUCGAGAUCCACCCGGCCCCCAAGCCCGACCUGGCUGCCAUCCCUGCUCACGACCUGCAGGCGCAGGCCUUGGCCAAGCUGCGCCUGAAUUCACGCAACUCCUUCCUCUUUGUGCCCCGCCGGGAGGGUGGCACAGCUCUGCCUGCUGCCCAGAGCCAUGCAACGGGACCAUCACCACCACCAUCCCCGCAGCAGAAAGUACAGAAGGAGCCCCCACGGGUUUCCGCUCCGGAGCAGGAAGAGCCGAUCGCUUCCCCGCCGGCGCCUCUGGAUCCGUCGGUACCUGUGACUUACAUUGAUGACAUUGUGGAGCCGGACAGCGGGGAGCUCUCCCCGAGGGCUGUGAGGACAGAGAACUUGGAUCAGCCCAGAGGAACCGGCCCUGAGCUGGAGAUGGAGAUUUCCUCUGUGCCCCUCUACAGACCGCACUCCCCCGGGCUCCAUCAGAGGGGAGGUAACACCUUCACUGUGGUGCCCAAAAGGAAGCCCGGUGCCUCGGGGCCGCAGGGUCUUACUGAGGCUGGUGGGAGGCCUCAGCAGGAGGAGGAGGAGGAGGAUGAGGAAAGCAAAGGAAGAAGCAAAGCUGUAGAGAACGCUGAUGGGCCCCAGGUGGGGACGUCCCAUAAAAAGCGCUACCCCACGGUGAACGAGAUCGAAGUGAUCGGCGGCUAUCUGUCCCUGGAGAGGUCCUGCAUGAGCAAGACGGGCUCCCGCCGCAAGAAGAUGAAGAUCUCUUUCAAUGAGACGAGUUUGCAGACCAUGUUUGAGUAUCCAUCCGAGAACUCACUGGUGGAAGAGGAGGAGGAGGAGGAGGAAGGACACACUUCUGAAACAGAGGAGGACAAAUCUCACACCUUUCACAUUCCACGCCCGAACAGCACUUUGCAUCCCAGUGCAGCUAAUGCAGCAGAUCUAUCCAGCUACACCCCAAAGCACUCUGUGAAGUUCAGCAAGUGGCAAGUGCAGAAGUAUGAGGAGAUGCCUGCUAAGGGACCCCUCCUGAAGGAAGCUGAUUCCCAUGGGAACCAAGUUAUGCUCACCCCAGCUGAGAAGGGCGGACUCUCUGACUUCAGCAGCGAGCCUGCGCUGUACUUCUGAUUGCUCCAUCUGUGAGCCUGCAGCAGCAGCUGCUGGGCAGAGCCUGGCAGUGCACCGUGGAAACCAACGCCUGGGUCCCUCCCUCAUCGCAGUCUUCACAGCGUCCUGAUGCCAAGGGUGGACUUGAUGCCAUUGGGCGUCUCUGGAGAAUAUUUGCACUGGGUUCUGGGUCCUACACGACUGGUUUUUUAAUGCGUAUGGUUUAUUCUCCUUGUGGCCUUGCAUAUUCCUUGUUCAAGAUCAGCUGUCCAUUAGACAGGUAUCUUAAAGCAGUGUGUAACCCCAGGAUGGAUGUAGAUUCUCUCAGUGCUUAUGACUGUGCUCAUCCAAGUGCUGAAUGAGGCCUGGACAGCAUUUUUGUAACACUUCUCUCAUGAGAGGCCCCAGUGAAGAAAGCUGUGGCAGGUGGCUGGACUCACUGCACUGGUUCUGACAGCCAGGUUACAGGGGCUGGAAGAACUGCUAAAGGUUCAUGGGUUGUUCUCAGUGUGGUUUUGGGUCUAGUUUCACUGAACUGUCAUGGAAUUUAUGUGCCAGUUAGGCACUUGUGAAGGAAGCUGAAUGCACUGUGUGGGUGAUGGGGAGGGGAAUAAAUGCCUUCAGCAUUAGGUGUCACUUUUGCACUGGCAGCAGGAAGCACCCAGUCCAGUUUGAGCCUUGUGAAGGUUCCCAAACAUUGGCCAUAGUUUUGAUCUCUCUGUAACUGCCUCUGCUCUCCAGUCUCUACUGCUAAUUGUGCUUGUUUGCCAGUUGCUCUUGUUUUGUUUUGGUAUCUAAUGGGGCCAGGCCUUAGAUUUGUGUCUUAGGUGGUGGGGAGACUUGCUUCUUGCCUUGCUCACUCUAUUUCUCUAUGCAAAGCACACGAGGGCCAUUUCACUCCUUCCUUCUACAGAACUUGAACAAGGAAUAUGAUUUUUUUUUCUAGUAUUUUUAUAGUUCUGUUGUAAUUGUUUGAUGCAGCCAAUAUGCAAAGGAAUCUGCUAGACUCUUCCAUUUAAAUUUUCUACAACUGUACACUCAGGGUCAAAAUUACACUCUGGAAAAGACUGAACACUGCUGCUAAUGUGAUCUGUAUUUCUGGGAUUAAAAGAGAUGCAGUUGGAAUAGA